AUGUCACAUCUCAGUAAAGAAAAAUGUUCUGAUUAUCCUGAUGGUUUGAGCGUCGUUAGCACAAUAAAACUCAAUGACGGAGUCGACAUGCCCUUAUUUGGAUUAGGAUUAUAUUUGUCGAGGCCUGGAGGGGAAGCGGAGGAAGCCACAUACAUAGCACUCAAAUCCGGAUACAGAUUACUUGAUACGGCUCAAAUUUACGGAUCGGUUGGUGUUUCCAACUUUGAAGUUCAGCACCUGAAAGGAUUGAAGAGGUCAGGUCUGCCAGUCCCAUCUGUCAAUCAAAUCGAAUUGCAUAUUUUUCAAAGAAGGGAAUAUUUGGUGGAUUAUUGUAGAAAUAACAAGAUUGCCGUCAUGGGAUAUUCGCCAUUAGCACGGGGCUUUCUACUCGAUAAUCCAGUUGUCGUUGAAAAGGCACAAAAGUAA